AUGUUUCAAGGUAAACUAACAAAAAGUUCCAUUUAUUAUUUUCUAUUUAUUCUUAUUAUAAUAAUACAUAAUAUAUCAACAAAAAGUAUAACAUUCAGUUAUCGUACAUGUUUACCUAAUAUUGAUUUAAUUAAUAUUGAACAUUAUUAUCCAUUAAAUAGUCAAUUAUUUCGAUUAGUUAUAAAAGAUUUUCGUUUACAUAUUAUAUAUACAUAUAAAAAUGAACAAAUUGAAUAUCAAUUUGGAAAUUUUAAUUUAUUAUUACCAUAUUCAGCUAGUUUUGAUUAUCAAUUUCAAACAGCUAUUGAUUAUUAUCAUGAAAUAGAUACAUGGCAUUAUGUUAAUAUAACAUUUGAUGAUUAUUUAUCAAAAGUAUUUAUAUCAUUUAAUGGUGAUGAAACACGUUUAAUACCAUUAAUUGAUUAUCCAAUUAAAAAUUUCACAACAAAAUUAAAUGUCAAUGUACUUGUUGAUGAACAACAAACAAAUGUUACAUGUUUAUUACCUUAUUCAGGUUUUAAUACAAAUUUUAAAAAUUGUUUAAUUAAUAUUAAAACUUGUGAAUAUCGAACAUGUACGUCAACAAAUAAUACGGAACAGUAUUGUCCACUGUUUAAAAUAUUUGAUUGUCGACCAUUUACUGAUUUGGAAUGUGGAUUAAAAACAAUACCUGUUCGUUGUUUACAUAAUCAUUGUCAAAAUCGAGGCGUAUGUUAUGUUGAUUUAUUAAGAAAUGUAACUCAAUGUGUUUGUCCAUCUGGCUUUGCUGGUGAUCAAUGUCAAUAUUCAAUUGAUGAAUGUCAAUCAAGUCCAUGUCCAAAACAUAGUCAUUGUAUUGAUUUACCAAAUAGUUAUACAUGUGUUUGUGAUCCAGGAUGGACCGGUAUUGAUUGUUCUGAAGAUAUUGAUGAAUGUAGAACGAUACAACCAUGUAAAGCAGCACGAUCUUGUAUUAAUCUACCAGGAACAUAUAAAUGUGAUUGUUUUGAUAGUUUUGGUGGGCAAAAUUGUGAAAUGACACUUGAUCCAUGUUUAUCUGAACCAUGCUUAAAUGAUGCUAUAAAAUGUCAUCCAAUUCUUGAAAGUGAUAAUGUUGUUUUUCGUUGUACAUGUCGACCAGGUUUUACAGGUCAUCGAUGUGAAACAAAUAUUAAUGAUUGUGAAGGUAUUAUAUGUUCAAAAAAUAAUACUCAUUGUGUUGAUGGAUUAAAUUCAUUUGAUUGUCAAUGUAAACAAAAUUUUAUACGAAAUUCCGAUGGUUUAUGUAUUGAACAAAAUCCUUGUAAUUCAUCACCAUGUCAUUCAAAUGCAACUUGUUAUAAUUUAAAAGGUGGUCAAUAUCGUUGUAUGUGUCCGCCAACAUAUACAGGUAUUCGAUGUGAUGAAGAUAUUGAUGAAUGUGCUAUUUUUCCGUCGAUAUGUCGAAAUGGUGGAACAUGUGUCAAUGAAAUUGGUUCAUAUCGAUGUUAUUGUGCAUCCGGAUGGAUUGGUUCAACAUGUGCAAAAGCUAUUGACUAUUGUCAUUCACAACCUUGUAAUCGAAAUGGAACAUGUCUUAAUAAUAUAAAUGGUUUUCAAUGUCGUUGUUUAUCAUCAUAUACAGGUAAUGUUUGUCAAUAUGAUAUUGAUGAAUGUAUAUUAAAUCCAUGUUUGAAUAAUGGAAUAUGUUUUAAUUAUCAUGGUGGUUUUCAUUGUCAAUGUUCUACAGGAUAUUUUGGUAAGUUAUGUGAAAAUUCUUCAUUGGAAUGUCAACGUUUACAACAAGCAAAUUUAUCAAUAAAAUGUAUUGAUCCUAAUUUAUGUGUUUCUAAUGAUACAGAAAAAUUAAAACAAAUCAAACAAUUAUCAACAUAUUCAUGUAGAACAGAACAAGAUCGAAUACUUGAUACAUAUUUUACAUGUAUUAAUAAACAAACAUUUGAUCAAUGUCUUUGUCCUUCAAAUUUAAUUUCUUGUAUUGAUAAUUCUUCUGAAUCAAAAUCAAUUUGUAAUUGUAAAAAUGGUGGUACAUGUUAUUGGUUGAAUUCAACAAAUUAUCGUUGUUAUUGUCCACCGGGUCUCACUGGUCAAGAUUGUCUUAAUGAGAUAAAUCUUUGUUCAAGUCAACCAUGUUAUAAUAAUGGUACAUGUAUAUCACAAUUAAAUAAAUUUACAUGUCUAUGUUCAACAAAUUCGAAAGGUAUUUAUUGUCAAGAAUUAAUUGGUCCAUGUGAAAGUAAUCCUUGUUUAAAUAAUGGUCAAUGUCAACGUGAAUAUGAUAAAUAUAAAUGUAUUUGUUCAUUAAAUUAUAAAGGUAAGCAUUGUGAAAUUUAUCAAACACCAUGUUUAUCUAAACCAUGUCAAAAUAAUGGUCAAUGUCAUGUUUAUAAUAAUAAUAAUACAUUUGAAUGUCAAUGUUCAUUUAAUUAUCAAGGUAUUUAUUGUGAAGAACCAAUUGAUCUAUGUAAAAUACAAUCAAAUAAAAGUCUUUGUUUAAAUGGUGGUUUAUGUCAAAUAAAUAAUCAUACAAUACAAUGUAUAUGUUUACAUGGUUUUACAGGUCUUUUUUGUGAAAUAAAUAUAGAUGAAUGUUAUACUAAACCAUGUUCACCACAUGGUGAAUGUCUUGAUUUAAUAAAUGGUUAUCAAUGUCAAUGUAAAACUGGUUGGUAUGGUUAUAAUUGUGAUCGUCAACAAAAAGAUAUAAAUAAAUCUUUAAUUAUACGUUCAAGUAUAUCAUCAAUAUUUCAUUUACAUCAUACAUUAAUAAAUAUAUCAAAAAUUUUACCAUAUCGUUAUUCAUUAUUACCUAUAAGAAUACAAUAUGAAUUUCGAACAACAUUAAAUCAUGUAUCACUUCUUUCAAUAGGAGAACGUUUUCAACAAAAAUUAAUUCAUAAUAGAAUUCUAACGAAUUUAGAUAAUAAAAUAAUGUUAUCAACAUUUAUUGAUAAUCAAGAACAAUGGAUAAUGAUUAUUGUUGAAAUAUAUUAUUUAUGGAUUGAUGUACGAAUUGGAAAAAAUUCUAUGUCACAAAGAUUUUAUAUACCAAUACCUUCACUUGAAUAUGAACUUCAAAAUGAAAUUAUAUUUGGUUAUAAAAAUUAUUCCGGUUGUGUUCGUCAAAUUGAAAUAACAUAUAAUCAAGUAUAUUCUAUUGUAUUAACAGAUCAAUUAGUUGAUAUUAAUGAAAAUAUAACACUUGGUUGUGAAAGAACCAAUGCUUGUGAACAUGCUGUUUGUCGAACAAAUGAAUUAUGUCACGAUCAUUGGUUUUAUUAUACAUGUCAAUGUCAAUCACCAUUUUUCGGUGAACAAUGUGAUCAAAUUGCACCUAUCGUAAUAUUUAAUCAAUCAAGUUUAAUUGAUAUUUCACUUUCAUCAUCUAUUUCAAAUAUAUCAUUUUUUUUUAAUACACUUCAACCAAAUGGAACAUUAUUUCAACUUAUAUCAUUUUCCAAACAAAAUCGAUUUACACGUGAUUUAAUUUCACAAAAUCGAUCAUUAUCAAAAAUUCUUGGUACAUUAGUUAAUGGUCAUUUUCAUUUGAUUAUUAUUGAUAAUGAACCUAGAUUACAAGAAUAUGAAUUACGUAAUGAACAAAUAUUAAAUGAUGGUCGUCCACAUCAAAUUCAACUUGAUUUAAAUAAUAAUCGAUUGAUUAUUGACAGAAUUUAUAAUGAAUCAUUAACAAGAAUAAAUGAUAAAAUAAUACCACAUAAAAUUCAAUUUAUACCUUAUGGUUCUUUAAAUGGUUGGUUACAAGAUUUACGAAUUAAUAAUCAAUUAAUUUCACUUAUUAAUACAACUAAACCAAGAAAAGAUUUAAAUAUAACAAUUUUAAAUAUGAAACAAUUAGAAUAUAAUCCAUGUUAUCCAAACAAUCCAUGUCAAAAUCAAGCUAAUUGUCUUGUAACAAAUUCACAUGAUUAUUUGUAA